GCAGGGGCCGCGCGAACGCAGGCUCCCGCUGCCACAAAUUAUGACGUAGGCUCUCCUACUUGACGAGACCUUAGAGCAGCACCCCUCCAAAGUGCAAUGAAGGUCACUGUCCUAGGCCAUGAGCCUUUAUGAUCGCUCAUAGACCCCGUCCAGGUAAGUAUGUUUGUUAGUUGCAGCUUGCUUCAUAUUUAAACGGUACAGCGCUUUGUAAACCCUCAUCAAUAGGCGAUGUGGGAUAGAAGUGCAAAGUGGGAUGGCCUGCCAAUCGUUAUUAAUUUACAAAUUAAGGGAGAAAAACACGGUGGAGAACGACAAAAAACGACAGCGUUUCCCUGAAAUUUCUAACAGAAUAACUAACCUACAUUUUUCAAAGGCGCAAAGAAAUAAACAAAAAAAGAAAUCCAGAAGCAGAGAGACAGACAGAGAUGGCAACGGACGGCGAGAAAGAGAUGGCAGCCGCUAACAUGGAGAAAGAGGAAAGGAAAAAGAGAAAUGCUGAGAAAGGGUUGAACCGGAUGUCUCAAAUCCGGUCCGCACGUCCUCAAUCUCAAGAACAUCACCCCAUUCCACCUUCAUCAACCCAUGCCAAAGAUGCAAGGAGAGAAAGCUUAAGCUUUGAUGCACAGAACGACGGAAUUCGAGAUCGUAACGCAUUUUUCUCUGACGAUGACCAGACAUCGCAAACAAAUCAAUCUCACAAUAUCAGUGCUGGACCUGCGGGACUGAGUGAAGCCUCAACUUCUAGUAAUCUUAUACAAGGUGGGACGCAUGAAAUAUCAAGUGCCAACUCCGUAGAUGUUGGAACUGAUAAACAUGCGAUGUCUGGUCGUGCGGUGGGAGAAAAGGAUAAGUCGAAGGCAAUGCAGGACCGGAAAGCAUCAACCAAUGCGGAAUCAGUCCAAAAAGCGUGCAGGAAUCAACCUAAUUUAUUCUCGUCAAAACUAGUGAAUUCCUGCAUUAUAGCUUCUGAAAGAGCACGCAGUUUAUCUGCCCUAGUCAUAGCAAUUUGUGUGCUUCUUUCUCAUAUUAAUUUUCCCUUGCUUGGAUUGAGUAUAGGCAGGUCAGACAGCAAUGUAGCCUCAAAGCCUAUUUACAUAAUCUUACUCACCGACUUGGCCAUUGUGCUCAGCCGACUGUUUCUGGACAAGAAAGGAGUGGUGUCGGCAGAGGUGGAGGAAGAGAAACCUGCAGCAGCAUCUCAAGAUAAUAAGGAAAACUGGGAUGGAGCCGUUAUGCUUUUGGAGAGAGGGUUAGUGGCCUAUCAGACAAUCCGAGCACUUUUCAUAGAUUUCAGCAUUUAUGCAGUGGUGGUCAUUUGUGGCACUUCUCUACUCUAACCCCCUUUUUUCUUUUCGGUUGGCUAGAAGAUACACUCUAUUCUUCUGCAAAUGAUGCUGGGAAACAAUUUAUUUGUUUCAUUUACAGCGUUUAACUCAACUUCUUAUAUUCUUCUUUAUCUGUCAUAUAUAGGAUUCAUUAAGUGUUGUAGGUGGAAUUGGUGAAAGGCUUUAUAUAUAGGUUGGUUACCAGCUCUGAAUGCUGGCUAGUAAUUAAGGAUGAACCCACUGGCUCUGGUACUUGAGAAAUGAGAUUUCAUUAAAUGGAAAAAUGGAAGGGAUUUCUUCUGGAGGCA